ACUGUUAUGUUUAUUCAUAUCAUGAUCUGAUCACCAUGCUCAAUAUAUCCCAUAUGCGUGGGGGUAUUGGGAUAACUAUACAAAAGGUUUGUUAGGUUAGACCCUCUCCCGCUCAGACUGAGCCCCCCCCCCCCCCGAACCAAAAUCCCAGCCCCUCCCGAAACAAAAUCCUGGCUACGGGCCUGCUCCAGCCUGUGGGUGUAUUGUUCAAGUCAUUAUUCUGCUGGGGGUUAGAAAGCGAUUAUCCCUCUGUCUCUUCUCUUAUAGGAGCAUCUACUCCAAACUAAACCCCCCUCUAUGAUUCUCAUAAGCAUGAAUAAAAGGGAAGAAAAGGACUCCAGACUAUAGUUUGAUUGUUCAUUAUUCUGCAGAGCUGGAAAGUAAUUUUUCCUUUUCUCUUCCCUUGAAGGAGUGUGUAUUCCAGAAUAAACCUUCAAGAUGACAAAAUUCAGCAAGUCACUCUUCGCUUCUGUGAAUGCUUCCUUGGAAUAUAAUGCAACCGAGAAUAUAAUGGAUUAUAAUGAGUCACAAAAGGAUAACACGUUCCCAGAUAAUGGGGAUAAUUAUUUAGAUUACAAAAGCAUCAUCACUGUUCUCAUCUGCCUUCCUGGACUUGUGGGGAAUGGAAUUGUCAUUUGGCUUCUUGGCUUCCGUAUUAAAAGGACUCCCUUCACCACAUACAUUUUGAACCUUUCCAUUGCAGAUUUUGCUGUGCUCAACAAUGAAAUGAUUUGGGAAAUACUUUAUCUUAUUAAUUGGAUUAAUAGUAUCUCUAUUUCCAAUUUCUUCUACUUUGCCAUCUUUGCGUUCACAUUCACUGCUAGUCAGUACCUCAUGGCAAUCAUCAGCAUUGACAGGUGUGUGUGUCUCUUCUUCCCACUCUGGCAUCGAUGCCACCGGCCAACACAUUUAUCCACUGCUUUGUGUGUCAUUGUCUGGAUCUCCAGCUUCUUAACUACUGCUAUAAGUCACACUCUCAUAUUAAAUGGAUAUGAUCACAUGCUGUAUAUACAGUUUUUCUUGAAUGCUGUGGUUUGCAUGCCCAUCAUGUGUGUGUCCACUAUAGCCAUUUUUAUAAAAUUCUGCUUAAGACCACCACAAAAGAAGAAAGGAAAACUGUUAAGAACCAUUUGGCUUACUCUUCUCUUCUUUCUCCUCUUUGCUUUUCCAUAUAAUGCCAUUCACGUUUUUAACAUAACCUGUGAAAAUUGUUUUUUUUAUGAAUAUAGUUACAUCUGUGUCUCUGUAAACAGUGCUAUUAACCCCAUGAUUUAUUAUUUGGUGGGAAGAGAUAAAGGGGGGAGAUCCAACAACAAAAUCAAUAAAGUGUUGGAGAAACUUUUCAAGGAAGAGGAAGACUAUUGCAGAGGGAAUCAGGAAAUUUGAAAUGAGAGCCAGUUAUAAGCCCCCCCCCCCCCCGGGUCAGGGUCAGCCUUUUGUAAAUUUGUUAAAAAUACCUCUUUAUACUUAGGUUUGUUAAAAUAUACAAACACCUUUGAAUAGUAUAAAAAAGGCAUGGGCAAAUUUUGGCCCUCCAGGUGUUUUGGACCCAAACUCCCAUAAUUUCUAGCAGCCAACCAGCUGUUAGAGUCCAAAACACCUGGAGGGCUGAAGGUUUCCCAUGCCUCAUCUAAAGGCAUAUGCAUUAUGGAUGCUACAUGUUCCUGCUGAUUCACAGAUAACCUAUACAUGCAACAGUCUUCUCUUUUUUUGCUUCUAUUGGGAUAUAGAAUAAUAAUUAUUGUUUUCUUUCCUUUAUACUAUACUCAGAAUCUAUACUAUACUUAUAUACUAUACUUAUACUAUACUAUUGUAUCUUUUUCUUUCCCUUUGUAUUUUUUCUCCUAAUCUCCUAUCUGUAUCUCUAAUUUUAGAAUGCAUAUCAUUUAGAAUUAAAUUGCAAACAUCAAAUAUCAAUAAACAAAUAAUCUGAAUAUGGAAAGCACACCAGUUCUAUUGUUUUCUUGUGUGAUCCUACUUAAAGUGACACUGCAUGAGCUUGAACAUAUUUGUUUAAGUAUCACAGGUAUGGUGAUGAAUGAAGGGGGAGAGAGAAGAGGAUCCAGUUUCAUUUAACUACAUUACCAAAGUCAGUAGAGAUGCCACAGCCUCACAUAGUCAGAGUUUCUGCCUUUAAAGCUAGAUAUUAUCUUGAUAGCCACUAAAAUGACGUUCUGGCCUUGUGAUGUGAAGAUAGCAACUUAUGAAGUGAAGAAAGGAAGAAUGUGGCAUGCAUUGUUCUUCUUACAUUUAUUGGAGGAACAGCACGAUUUCAUCCCAUAUUGACCCGAGUUUUGUGCAACGGCAUGAGCAUAUUUUCUUACAGUGGUUUUGAAGAACAGCAAGAACAGUGUGGUCUUGUGGAGACUUGAGGUGUGUUUGGAACGUCUCUUCCUAUAAACUGUCAUUCCAGCACAGAACUUUAUAGAACAUUUCUUCUCAUCACUAUAUCUGAAGAUAUAUCCAUUCUUUCACUCAGGUAUGUGGGGAAGGGGGCUCUAUUUACACAAAGAGACUCAUUGUCAUAUGUUACAGUCAAUUGGACUUUCCAUGGGAUGGGUUGAUACAUCUGCAUGAGAUAUUUGGGACUGGAACCAUGGCCAAUGGACAUAAGAAAGGAUUAAUUUAUGGUUUGAUUCUGUCAGCCUUAGGCAGUUAAAGGUUUUAGCCCAAGGUCAGAUUUUGGUGACCUCUGCUCUGGCCUCUUAUACGAGAAAGUAUAUUUCUGGCAGAAUGUAUCUCAGCAUUAUUUUCUACAUUUCAAUGCUUAUGCAUAGACUUGCAUUCUCACUCAUGCAUAAACCCUUUUCAAUUAUAUAGGUACAUACUUACAUAACCACCCCUAGAAACAGUCGAAAUGCACUGCUUCUCAUCCCAACAAACUACUGAAUGUUGCAAUUCUUUCUUCACUCCCAAUAAGCUUGUUAUCUGUUGCUCCUGAGAGUAGAACACAAAGUAAUAGAUUCAAAUUAAUAGGAGAUUCCUCCUAAGAUUAGGAAGAACUUCCUGAUGGUAAGAGCUGUUCUGCAGUGGGAUAUGCUGCCUGGGAGUGUUGU